AAAGGAAUUCAAUCGGGUUUAAAAUAUAUCGCAAGAACACCUGAAAGGUAUUCUCGUUUUAUUCGCGAUAAAACCACCCUAAGCCCUGCCCUUCUUCCUAACCAUCUCCAAAUCCAUGACGAGUUCGUUCGCCUUCUCUCGCAAGAAACCCUAACCUGUCUCCAUUACGUCUUGUUCGAGCGUAGAUACGUCUCUCUCGCUUGUAUGUUUCUCUCUCUCUCGCUCGCUCUCUCUCUCUCUGAUUUUGCUAACAAAUUUACCCGCAAAUCGAAGGAUCUUUGCUCGGUUGGAGAAAAGGGCAGCAUAUCAAAAUUUCCACAUAUCUCCCCGAAACGACAUUGCUGUUGGUGGUUUUUGAAGCUCGAGAAAAGGGUAGCAUAUCAAAAUUUCCACUUCUCUUACUCUCAAAGGGUAGCAUAUCAAAAUUUCCACUUCUCUCACUCUCUCCCUGAAACGACAUUGCUGUCGGUGUUUUUUUGAAGCUCGAUUGGAGAUUUUGUUCUUUUCUGUGGAUAUUGUAUACAUGCGAAAAGAAAGCACAGUGUUGCAUCUUCUGUUUUUCUUGAGGAAUUGAAUCUACAAUGGAUCUCACUCCUUUCAAGUUAGAUAUUGAUGAACUUAUAAAUGAUUUCUCUGAGAGUAAUUCAACAACCUUGCAUGAUAUGAAGAAGACAUGGCUAUCUCGGAAGUUCUCCUACAUUUAUGAGGCUAAGCCUACUGCAAACCUUGGCUUCUUCAUGCAAUCACUGCCAUAUGGUUUCAGAAGAUUCUUUAUCGCAUAGACUAGGGGGGCUCUAUUGCCUCUAUUGUCUUUAUGAAACUCAGCCAUUUAAACCUCCUUUCAAGAUAUAUUUGUCCCUUGGAGAGCUGAAGAAACUCAAAAACCUUGUUGAUGAAGUGAAGGAGAGCUUAAAAGUAGUACCUGCUUUGGUGAAAAGGAUGCUAGCAAAGAAUAUCUUCCUAUUUGGAUUCGUGGACAUAAAUGAAGCCUCUGCAACGGAUAGGAUUAAUGAAAUAAAUAAACUACAGAAUGCCCGGAUGCAAAUAGCAUAUGAGAAGUUGUUUGCAAAUACUCGGCUUGAUCAUUUCCUUCACAUGGACUUGGGGACGGAACUUGACCUGAAAGUGCUCAACAGAAUGUCAACAGAAUAUGCAAGGGCAAAAGAACUAGCCAUCAAUGAUGCUGGCAAGCUGGUGGAUAUCCAAAACAUAAAGCAUAUUGUGGAAAAUAACAAACUGAUUGGAGAUGUCGUGGAUAAAAUUGCAAAUGACUGGAGCACACAGAAGGACACGUUCUAUCAACAAACUGGACUUAACCACCAUCAGAAGGUACAUGAAGAGAACGAUGAUGCAGACUUUGAUAAGGAGCUGGAAGACUUCUUGGCUGAAUAGUAGAUACAUGAAUCAAUCAACGGUCUAUGUGAUUCAGCCUUCUCUUACUGAUAAGGGGCCUGACCUCAACUGAACCUUUUUUAACCAGAAGCAUAUCCGACUGUGUAUUGUAUAUAUUUUGUUAGCAAUGUCGAGUUCAAGUUCGAGUUCGUAUGACUCUACUCUCCUAGUGAAAAUACAUAAAUUCUAACCUGUGGAUUCAAAUCUGUACCUGUUUUUAACUUCCGGAACUUGCAGAAAACCAAAGGUAUAAAAUUCAGUUGUAGGUCAAGGUGAAAAAGAACAAGAGAUGCCGAAUAGUCAACAUGCUGGA